AUCAAAUCAUUGACACAUUUAGAACAGUACAUUAGCAAUAUAAUACUAAUGGCAGUAAAAGAAGACAAGAAGAAAUCUGCUUUUGGCACAUUUCUUUAUCUAGUCUGUCUGCUAAAUGGAGAAAGAAAAUAAUAAAAGGACUUACUAUUAUUAAUGUAGUCUCAAAUCUCUCAUUAAUCUUUUAAAUUAUUAUUUGUUCUUUUCUUAGUAUUGCCAUAGAUAUUUUUUUCCUCCUCCUUUUCUUACUCCUAGUGGUAAAAAACCAGAAAACCAAAAAUAUCCAAUAAAAAGAAAAUGCAAUGAUGAUCAAAUCUUACUCAUCAUAAUUUCAUAAAACCCAAAAUACAAAAAAAGAUAAUGACAUAAACAGAAGCGUUUAUGUAACUCAAAUAGAGAGUGGGAAAAAAAAAAGGAAAGAAAAAGAUACAAGCUUUAAGCUUCUCUCUUACUAUUAUGCUCUGCAACAUAUAUAAAUACAGUAUUCUCUAUCCCAUAUCAGAUCCUUCUCUCUCUUCUGGUUGCUGUCUAAGGACAGACACACAAGAGAGAAAGAUCACCUACCACACCACUGUGUUUAACUCGUCAGAUUAUAUAUUUAUAUUUAUAUAUAUUGUACAAAUCACGUUAUUUGUUUGUUUUGUGGUUAAGGGAAGGCUGAGAGAACUCGUGAGAGAGGUUCUUCAACCUUUAGUGGGCAUUCAUGAUCUCAGCUUUACAGAGCUAUUAUUAUUAUUACAUGAGGAUUCCCUCUGUGCGUCUAACUCUAAGCAAUGGCAACUUUAGACAAAACCCAUGUUGUAGUUGUUGAUGUGGAACCAGAAGGGGGUUGCCGGAGCUCCGAUGAAGGUGGUGGCGGAAAUGGGUAUUCUGGUAAUGGAGUGGAAAGGUCAGAAGAGGAACGUAGGAGCCACAGUGAGUCAAGAGCUGAGAUUGUGGAGAAGGGAUCCCCUGUUUCUGAGCAUUCGGUGGAGUUGGAUCUGGAAUGUGGUGGUGGGGUUCUUGAACCUGAAGUUAAGGCACAUUUGGCCAAAGUAGAAAGGGACUGUAGGAUUUGUCAUCUUAGUAUGGACACUACCAAUCAUGAGUCUGGAAUUCCCAUCGAGUUAGGAUGUUCUUGUAAGGAGGAUUUGGCUGCUGCUCAUAAGCAGUGUGCGGAGGCUUGGUUCAAGAUCAAGGGUAACAAAACAUGUGAAAUUUGUGGAUCAACUGCAAUCAAUGUAUCUGGUGUUAGUGAAGCUGAGAUGAUGGAACAAUGGAACGACUCGAAUGAUACUGCAACAACAACGCCUGCAGCUGCCCCCAUCCACCCAGCAGAGACACGAAACUUCUGGCAGGGUCAUCGGUUCCUAAACUUCUUGUUAGCUUGUAUGGUCUUUGCUUUUGUCAUCUCUUGGCUGUUCCACUUCAAUGUACCCUCAUAAAGCCUGACGAGAAGCCAUUUUUCCGAGUGUUAAUGUUUUCAAAAGAACAAGCUCCGUUGGAGGUACUGUCUUUGUACAUCUUCCCAAUAUUACAAGCUUGUUAGCUAGUUACUUUUCAACGAAACGGCAAAUUGUUUAUAUAAUAUAAUCCUCAUUAUUCUCAGGACAAAUGUUUGUGUAAUAUAAUAUGUUUUUGAAGUUUUGACAAGCAAAAAUUAAUCGGUCUGGUGUGUUAUGUUGUAACUUUUAUGUUAUAAUUUUGUGGUAAGACAUACGCCUAUGAGUGUUGAAUUUUUGAGACUUCAAAA